UGAGGUUAUAUGAGUUGUCAAAUGGUAACGUCAAAUGUUGUCAAGGAAAAUAAAUCUGUGAUAUGGAUGUAACAACAUUGUUUAAAGCCUGUGUUAAAACAGUGCGAACCACAAACAAAUCUCUGGGGGUCAAGGAUCAAAAGUCCGGAGUUUUAAAAAUUCAAAAAGAUGCGAACCUGUCAAAGGCAAAAGAAAUUGUUAAACAAAUCACUCACCUCCAAAAUUUCCUAUUGGAAAAUAAAGCUGCUUAUCUAAAUGUAUUAAAUUACCUAUCCACUAAUAAAACAAUGACAGAAAUUGACCGAGAGCAGAUCGACUCCGCCGCAGAAAGAAUCGUGAGUUCUUGUACCACUCUAAUAAAUGACUACAAAGCACAGAUUGAAAAAUUACCCAAAACCCCUCAAAGACAAGAACAUUAUAACAACAUAAUAACCUCACUGGAAAAGUACUUGAAAACAGUCAGCAAAAUUUACACAGAAGCAAAAGCUGUGCGAGUAAAACGCGUAAUUGAAACUCAUAAACUAUCAAAAUUGGAAACGACCCCAUCCAAACACAAUUCAACAGAUGUACCAAGUAAAAGAGACUUGGAAGUAAACCCAAACAAAAAGCAGUCAUUCAGUCCAACAUUAACACAGCCAGACCUAGAGAAUGAACUGUCUGCAGAAGAAAUGCAGAUGUUUGAAUCAGAAAAUGAAUUCCUCUUCAAUGAACUCAAUAGUAUCUCAGAUGAGGUCAAGCAAAUGGAAGGCAAAGUGGUACAUAUUGCUGAACUACAAGAAAUGUUCACAGAAAAAGUGUUGCAACAAGAAAAAGACAUUGAGAGGAUAGCCACCACUGUGGCUAAUUCUACAGACAACAUGAGGGAUGCUAAUGAACAAAUUCGUCAAGCAAUCCAACGUAAUGCAGGGUUAAGGGUGUGGAUUUUGUUCUUUAUGUUGGUAAUGUCAUUUUCCUUACUUUUCUUGGACUGGUAUAAUGAUUAAUGUAUUUAUUUAUUGGUGAUGUUUUAUAUUUUUAUUAAAAUUAUUGUUAAAUAUC